UCCAAAAUUGUGAGAGGAAUGGGGAGUCGCGAUCGCUGAUGAGGUGUUCUGGGAGACCAUGAUGACCGGUGACGUGGUCAAAGAAGAGUUUGGCGACGUCCUUGGCUUGGCAGAUGGUGGUGCAAGGGAUGAAAUGGGCACGCUUGGUAAGGCGGCAGAAAACGACAUAGAUGCAAUCGUGACCGUGGUCGGUCGUGUGGAGACCACAUUACGAAGUCCAUGGAGACAGAUUGUCAACGGGAUUGGCGGUUUGGCAAGUACGACAAGAACGGAUAUAGGCUUUGACGUCGGCAAGGAGCGAGGGCCAGUAGAGGUAACGGGAGAUAUUGUCAAAGGUUUUCUGGAAAUCGAGGUGUCCAAUAGUCUUGGCGUUGUGGUGUUCAUCCAAGAACUGGGUACGGAGACCACGGACGGAAGGGAUGCAAAGGCCGUGAGUUCCUUUGGUGUCGAUGUAGAGGAGAUGGUCGAUGAGGGAGUAGUCAUGGACAAUGUUAAGGUUGAGGAGUUUGGUGUAGGUAGGGGCGAAGUCGGGGCAGGAGGUGUAGCCAUGGAUGAAGCGAUGUUGGAAAGAUUCGGGAAUGUUGACAUGCGUCAUGGCAGCAAAGACUUUCUCAGGGGGCUUAUGAUCGGGUCGGCGAGGGAGGGCAUUGGCAACACGAUUGGUCUUGCCGGGAGUAUGGCAAAUGGUGAAGGUAAAUUGGGCGAGAAAGUCCAGCCAACGGGCCUGACGAGGGGUGAUAUACUUUCUGGUGAGGAUAGUGGAGACGACGGUGUUGUCGUUGCGAAUGGUAAAGUACUGGCCAUCGAGGAUGGAAAGUACCUUCUCGAUGUGUUGAAGGUGGGACUCGAAGGUGGAUGCAAAGUCUUCAGCAAGAUCGAUCUGAAGUCUGGCUACCACCAGAUCAAAGUCGAUCCUGCAGACCAGCAUAAAACCGCAUUCAAAACUCGCGAUGGGUUGUUCAUAAGCGCAGAUUGGAAAGACUUCACCUCCCAGACCUAUGACAUGAAGCUCAAGAUGCACCCCGAAGCCAAUGGACUGGCCGAGGAGAUCAACCAGACCGUAAUCCAACUUCUCAGGGCUCUUAUCGUGCCUGACCAGAACUCUUGGGAUGAGGAGUUGCCGAUUGUGCAGGGGUUGUACAAGAACUCCAUCCACUCCUCCAUCGGGACGACACCUAACCGGCUGCAUCUUGGAUGGAAAAUCCGCAAUCCUCUAUCUUAUCUGUUCCCGGAACAGCCACCUGGUCUAACACCUGGCCAGCCAGGCUUCAACACUAAGUAUGAUCGUUUGCUCAAAGUUGUUGUCGCAGCUAUGGAAAGGCGACGCAGAGAUAAGACGGAGAUGGCUCUUGACACUUGGUUGAGAACGGUUCCAAUGUGGGUCAGGGCGAAGAGGACGCUGGUAGAGGAGGAGGUGAUAACUGUUGCAUCCUACUUAGAGGGUUCAGCAGCUCGCUGGCUUAAUGGAUUGGUGGCUUCCAAGGGAUUCGGCAGGAACAUGGGUGAUUGCGCCAAGACCCACACCCUAGAGAGCUUUAUGGAUUUGGUAGAGUUGGAGUGGCACAACCCUCAGCAGGCGCAGAUAGCCACUGAUGGGUUAUUGAAACUUGAUGUUAGGAAGUACAAGUCGGUGCGCGAACUCACCACGGCCGUAGAGCGUUUGAUUGUCGUCUCAGGCGUGGAGUACAAUCCGCAGGUCUUGCUGACCAUGUUCUUGAGGUGUCUUUCCACAAACAUCAAGAACUUAUUAGACAACGAGGCUCAACUCGAGUAUCACACUUUUGAGACCUUCAGCAAGAAGGCCCUAGACUUAGAGGCUACGUUCGAUUAUCUACGUGCGCUGAUUUAUGAGUUUGGCCUUUCUGAGAACGUUACUCGAUCCUUGGGGGAAGCCUACAAGGAAGACCCUAUAACUAUGGACAUCAUCAACAAACUAAAGGCCAAGGACAUGGCCACCACUGACGAGUUUGUGAUGGUGGAUGGGUUACUCUUCCUUGAGAAGGCAGGGUUUAAAAGCAAGAGUGGGAAGAAACAUAUCUUCGUCAUAGGUGAUAGGUUCACUAAGUUUGCUAGACUAAUUGCAAUGUCGGAGACCGCCAAGACUGAACACGUCAUCAAGUUAUUCAUGGAUAACUGGGUGCGUAACUUUGGACUACCAACGACGAUUGUUAGUGAUAGAGACGUGCGUUUCACAAGCGAGAUGUGGAAGAAGACCGCUGAACAGAUGGGCAGCCAGCUCCAAAUGACUUCUGGGAAUCAUCCCGAAGCAAAUGGGCAGGCUGAACAGAUGAACCGGGUGGUGCAGCAUCUGCUGAGGCAUUAUAUUAACCUCAUCCAGGAUGACUGGGAUAAGAAAUUACCUCUGAUCGCGAGUCUGUACAAUAACGCAGUACACAGUACUAUCAAGGUCACCCCGAAUCAGCUGCAUCUUGGGUGGAAGCUUAGAUCUGCAUUAGACUUCCUCCUUCCUGAAAACCGACCAGCUGCAACUCCUGGAACCAUUGAAUUUAGUGUCCAGUAUGAGAAGUUGCUGCGGCAAGUUGUCGAGAACAUCAAGAAUUCCCAGGAAGCAAUGAUUGCUUCUCAGAACAAACAUGACAACAAGUAUGGGUUAAGGCUAUUUAACACGCGGGCCCGCGGUGCGUUUAUGGUGGUUCGGCCGGCUGCGCACGGGUUCACGCGAGCGGGGGAGACGGUGGGGGGUGCUAGACGGGAGACCCUGAGGCGGGCGACAGUCAAGGAGGGUUGGAUUGCAAGGGGGUUUGGGGGAAGGGGGACCCUGCGGCGGGCAGCGGUUAACGGGGGUUGGGUUGCAGCGGUGCGGUCGGGGGGAGUCAUCGAGGGUUGUCUCGCCAGGGUGGUCGACAUGGGGAGGGCACAGCGCCGUCAACAUGAGGCUGCCGUGGACCAUAUGCAGGACACAUUCAGGGCCUGCUCGCCUGUUUAUCGGUACCUGGUUGCCGGCCAGAAGGUCGACAACAAGGGGGUCAUGAUGCUCCGUUGCACGUUUUGCAACAAAGUUUUCCAAGGGACCCAAUUUCAGGCCACGAGGCACUUCUCGCAGACAAACUACUGCAAGGACGUCAGCGACGAGGCGUUGUACGAGAUCGCUCGACAGAGUCAACAGAAGUUCGAGGCCAAUCAGAUGGAGAGGGUUGCCAGGUAUGCAGCGGAGCCCGGACUCGAUGUGCCCGGCACGGGUGGUGCAAGGGGAGGAGAGGCGGGCCGGCGUCCGGUGGAGGGAGGGGUCGGGGGAGAUGGUGGGCAUGGUGCGCCAGACCCCACUUUGGGUGGUGGAGGCGGUGAGACGGAGGAGGGCGUGAUCCACGUCGAUCGCAAGGCGUGUGGCCCAGGCAAGGAGGGAGUCCCGGAACGGGAGGACGUGCCAGAGUUUUAUCCAGGCACUGGGGAGAGGUUGGAGGACUGGCGGAGGCGAGCAGGCAAGGGAGCUGCAACGGAUGGGUCUUCCAAGAGGAAGACAGGAGGAAGUGAUACGGCUGCCACCCCAACAAGAAAGAGGCUUCGCCAACAGAAGGUGACUGAUGUCUACGGUGGCGAGUGGGUUGCUCGCCACAAGAAGGAAUUCCUUCGCUGGCUGUAUUCCAGCGGGGUCUCCUUCAAUGCCUUCCGCAACCAGGCUUGGAAGGGAUAUCAACAGGUGCUUCUUGAGCAGUCUGGCGGUUCCCCGCGCGCUGUGCUCCCCAACCACUGCGAGAUUGUGAGUAUAAGGGCGGUGGAGACCCACCGUGCGGAGUUGGCGGAGGAGUUGGAGGAGGUGAGGCAGCCAUUCUGGGUGACUGGUGCCACCCUCCUCUCCGAUGGGAGGAAAUCACGAGACGGGAGACCGAUCGUGAAUUUCCUUGCCGCUGGCUCGCGAGGGGUCGUCGUGUACAUGACGAUCAAUCGAGAGGGCGAGGCGGACGAUGCAGUGCACGUCCUUUGGAGAUGGGUUACCAUCUUCCACGAGUUCAGCUUCGGCGGGCCGCAGCGGAUCAAUGCGAUAUGCACUGACUCCGCUUCUGCCUAUGUGGGGGCUGCAAGGGCAUUGGCCUCGCCGUCCAUGCCUCCUGCACUGAGGAGGAUCACUUGGCUCCCGUGCUCCGUCCAUGUCUGCAACAAAUUGUUGUCAGAUAUGGGGACGAGUUGCGACGCGUUUGUGGACGCGAUCACACGCGCUCGUGUGCUGGUGGUGAUUUUCAAAACCCACCAGGCCGCCCUUCAUUUUUUUAGGACGCGCAGCCCCGAUAAUGGGCUUUUUCUUUCUUGUGAGACGUGGUUCGCGUCUGUUUACUCCAUGCUAGAGAGCCUGUUGGCCCUGCAGGACACUCUGCAGGACAUGAUGCGAAGGGAUGACACGCGGGCUUUUGCUUCCAUCGCGUGGUCCGCCGAUGUGUGCGUCAUGGCACGUUGGGUGCGCCGACAGAUCAGAUGGGAUCCAUGGUGGCAGAGGGUGGCCACCAUCGUCCAUAUCAUGCAGCCCGUCAUGGAAUUGCUUAGGCGGAUGGAUCGUGGGGGACAGUACAUGUCCCUCAUGAUUGAGUGGACGCAGGAUCUUGUCCGCCGUGUCACGGACGCAUGCGCCCCUUUGGGGAAGUCGUUCGCCGACCGGAUCAUCAGGCGUGUGCAGGCUCGCACACAGCACAUGCUUGAGCCGGCUCACUGCGCAGGGUUCUUACUGAACCCCCGCAGGCGACACGUUCGCUACUUUUCGGGCCAGGUAGAUCGGUACGAUGCUUGGCUUGUGGGGCAAGCCAAGAGGUACAUUCUGACGCUGACGGGAUUCGAGUUGGAGGGUGCGAAGUACAUCCUUGCAUGUCGGCAGUUUGAGGACUUCCACAUUCACGGCGACAGCGAGACGAUUGAGUGCGCGUCUUGGUGGUCUCAGUUCGGGUCGGGUGCGCCAGAGUUGCAGCGUUGCGCUCUUCAGGUGAUGCACAUGUGGUAUUGCGCCUCUCCAGCGGAGAGGAACUGGGCAGUCCACGAGGGCAUUCACACGAAGAAGCGCAACCAGUUGGCCUUCGAGAAGGUCGUUCAACUUGUUGAGAUCACCGCAAAUGUGCGGUUGAGUGAGUAUCGGCGGGCCGGACGCGGUUAUGUGUUGCCAUGGCAGCGGGACGAGGGCACGCUGGCUUGCCAGGCAGGACUCGAGUUGCAGCAUGUGCCCUCGGGGACUCGCAGGGGGAUGACGGAGGAGGAGAUUGCCCGUCAGGUUGCACUUAUUACCCGGGAUCCGAUCGGGGCGUCCGCACCACCCUCUGCUGAUGCCGUUUUCGAUAGACGUGCUUGCAUUUUUCGUCCCUACCCCAGGGAGGACGACUCAGACGAGGAGCCGGUACCCGAGGCGGCAGAUGACCCUACGCUCCGCAUUCCCCGCGAGAUCGACGAGACGCACGAGGAUCCCGACUCCGCGGAGACGAGGGAACACACUGCACGACGGGCGGCGGACCGGGCGGAGAGGGAGAUGCUGGGGGGAGAGGAGGAGUUUUGGGGCCCAUUCGGUGAGGUCGCUUCCACGGGCAGCCCAGAGGCGCAGGCGACGACCCCCACUCCGACGAGGCGGGAGUCGUCCAUGCCACCACCUCCUGCUCCGAGUCCUGCACCACCAUCGCCCGUCUCGCCACUUCAGCCGGCCACGGCAAUGGCGGACAGGGAGGAGUUGGGGUCCUCUUUGCCUCAGCGCGGACUUCUCCACAGAGGCGGGGCAGAGGAGGGGGCACCGUCGGCAGCAGCAGUGGAGAGUUCGGUGGCACUAGCGGCGGUGCCGGACACGACGAUCUUAGCCGCGGUGGAGGAGAUAGCAGCAGCAGCAGCAGCAGUGCUGGAGGAGAUGGUAGCAUCAGUGUUGGAGGACGAUCCACCAGCGGCAGGAGGAGGUGCAGCAGUGGAGGGGCAGGUGGCAGCAGCAGGAGGAGUAGGUGGAGGAGCAGCAGCAGUGGAGGUUGAGGUGGCAGCAGCAGUGGAGGAGGAGGAGGCAUCGUCGGCAGCUGCAGUGGAGGGGGAGGUGCCAGGACCAGUGGAGGAGGAGAUAGCCGCACAGGCCGAGGUGCAGCGUGGGGGCCAUGACGAGCGCCUCAUGCAGCAGUUCCUCACGGAGGAGCUCGAUUCGGUCAUAGCGGGUAUGACCCCGGGUGUGGCGAGGGGUUUUGGGAUUUCGGAUUCGGAGAUGGGGACCCACUUAGACUUAGAUUUGUCGAUGGGCCUUCCACCUAGUUGCGGCGGGGCCACAUCAACGGACCGGGCUCCAUCGAGGGACGAGGCGCCAGGACAGACUUGGACGCAGACCGCGAGAGAGAGGACGACGACUGAGUCUCCCGAUGCAACACGCGACAUCAUGGAGCGAGAGAGGGCUCGACUUUUGACAUCGAGUGACCCGCGUGCUCAGUGGUUUGCACGGGCCGUAGAGGAGGCCAGGCGUCGAGAGAUAGGGGGGGAUUGUGUGCAGGGUGGGGUGGUGGCGAGGGAGGACGUUGCGGAGGGACUGGUAGCAGAGCCGGUACCCGAGGCUAUGCCGGGUGGAGCAGAGGCAGCGGACGUUGCUGUGGAGGGAUGGCCUCAGGCGGUGGAUGAGGCUGUGCAGAGGGAGGCACUGCACUUGGAGAGAGUUCGGGGGCGGAGGGGUUGGGGAUGCAUCGUGGAUCCCGCCGUGAGCAGACCGCUGCAGAGGGUUGUUGUGUUGAGGAAGGGAGGAGGCCCAGUCACCAUCGAGGAGGAUGAUCCUGAUACGGAUGCAGCUGUGCGGGACGCGGAUGAGGACUAUGAGGGCGAGGAGGGGGGAGAGGAGGAGAGCAGGAGCGGUUCCGAUGGUGAUGACAAGGAUAACUACGAUGAGCCCCCACCUCCCCCAGGACCCCCACCGACGCCGAAAGCUGUGGCGUUGCACGGGUAUAGACCUGGGUACUGGUAUCACCAGGCCCGUUGGAAGCCCGUGUCCGGGGAAGGACCGUGGAUCACUGCCAUACUCAACUAUGACGGUGGAGAUGAGCUGGUACUGAAGAUCAACGAGGAGGGAGGAAGAGAAGGGGAAAUGCGGACUAACUCGAAGUUACAGGACGCGAUUUCGGAGACGAGAGACCGGGCUGAGAGACGUUGCAGACGGGACGGAGUGACGGCAAGGCUACGGAUAACGGUGGCCUAUCACGAGAUUGAGACCUCGAUGGACACGGCAGACCAAGAACAGAUCCACCAGGACACGGACUCAGGAGGAGAAAGCGAGAUGAGUGAUGCAGAUCGGGAGACGGAUCUCAGGUCCUGGAACAGACCAGGUGAGAUCGAGAGGCAUCACCGGGCAGUGAAGUCAGUGGAGCAGGGACCAUGGGCCAGCUCUCGGCAACUGGCGCCCAGAGGCCGCGAGACGGGAGAGGAACGCGGCAGAGGGAAAGGACGAGUGUGAAAAUCCGGCGCCCUAAGGUCAACGAGGGGCGAGCUGAACUCGAAAACGGAGAGGCAAGUGCCGUGGGGCUGGCACAUGCGGAGAUGCUCGUCCUGCACGUGCGCGUCAAGAAAGGUCAACGAGAGAGAGAAAAAAAAAGGGGUGAAAACGGAAUGCGCGGACAGGUGAAGAAAGCUGCUGCCAUGCUUACGUAUGGCGUGCGCGUUUGCUGAACGCCACGAAGAGAAAGGGGGAGAAAGAGAGUGCAAUGUGGUUGAUGUCAAACUGCUGGCAGACACGAGUAUGUGGUGAGAGCCUGCUGCACUAGUCGGAGAGGUGGAUAAACAAGUGGGUUCUUA